UUUAUGCCUGCUAUCAGCAAAUUUUUGCAUCUUUCGCCUUUAUUACACAAUGCUCGUCAAAUUGCUCCUCGGAGUGAUUUAGUUUAUUUUCUUCUCGUAGGGAAUGGACAACAGACAGUAAUUAAUGUUCGUCAUUCUGGUCAUGCCUGGGUUUUUCGUCGGCGUCAAGGACAACUAAUUAGCAACAAGCUUAAGGACGGUGGUCAUUUUUAUAUUGUUGGACUUGGAUUAAUUCCUGGCUUUCUUCUUUUGAUUGUAGUACAUGCUAUAUUCGGUAGUCAAUGUGAACUUCAAGAAUACCCAAAAGAAGGUGAACAGCCUCCUCAUUAUUGGCAAUUUGAGAGAACACCUUUACGACAAUUUUUAGCCCGUUAUAUUACUCCAAGCGAUAUGCAAUAUCACGAGUCUUGGGCUUCGCGUUUUUCUCAUUGGCAAAUUAGAAAUCGAUGGAAUAGAAUUGAGGCUCGUGUUAAACAUUUAAUUGCUGAACGACAGGAUUAUAAAGCUUAUCAUUACCAUCCCGUUACCGUUGAAUGGUUGGAUCAUGCUAAAAGACGUGCUGCCAUGUUUGAGCAACAUUAUUUUGCUUCUGCCAGUGCAACAACUAGGAUGGAGUAA